CACACCUGCACUAUCAUCAUCAACAAUAACAAACAUAUUACACUCACAAAUUUUUCACACACUUCACACACCAAAUGGGGACUGCAGAAAUAACUGUUGUAGAAGAAGUAGUGAUGAGGAGCAGAUCAUCAUCAUCAUCACCACUUCUUGCAUUUCCAGCUGAUAAUGCAAUGAACAACAACUACAACAGAACAAAGGAUUUGCCUACGUUGUCACUCAACCAUGUCUCUUUCCUCUGCAAAUCGGUGACGAAGUCUGUGCAGUUCUAUGAACAAGUUCUAGGGUUUGGUCUCAUCAAGAGACCCUCUUCCUUUGACUUUGAAGGAGCUUGGUUGUUCAACCAUGGGGUGGGAAUCCAUCUGCUGGAAGCAGAGAAAGUAGGGAAGGAGAAGAAGAAAGGGAGAAUAAACCCAAAGGACAACCACAUAUCAUUCCAGUGUUCAGACAUGGAUGUGAUCAUGAAGAAACUGGAGGGGAUGGGGGUGGAGUAUGUGAAGGGUGUGGUGAGGGAGGGAGGGAUUGUGGUUGAUCAGAUCUUCUUCCAUGACCCUGAUGGUUACAUGAUUGAGAUCUGCAACUGCCAAAACCUCCCACUCCUCCCACUCUCUUCUUCUUCUUCUUCUUGCCCUCUUCCCAAAAAUACCCUCACUACUUCCUCCUCUUUCUAUGGAAACAUGCACUGCAGUGGAGAAGUAGAAGCCCUGAUGAUGGAGAACUUGGCAUUGGGCAUGAUGAACAUUUCCAUUUGACACAAUCCCAUAUUGCAAAUAUUAAUUAUUUGUUUCAUCAAACUAUAUUAUUAAUAAUGAUUUUGGGGCAAUUAAGAAUUGGAGAGCAAUUUAUUAUAAGUUGCAAUAAUUCUUACACUAGUGCUACUUUCUUGUUAUUGUAUAUAUAAAUACUAGCAUAAAACUCGUGCUAUUUAAUAA